AUGGCAUACGUGAACGGCUACCCGACACGCUCCCCUAAUAUUCUCCAACAGUCCCAACAGCACUCUCUUCAUAUCCCUCAACCGAAUCAUCAUUCCAACUUAGGUUCUCCUGCAGUGUCCAACUCGCAUACACCUGAACCUCAGACAAACGGUGGCGUCAAAGUCCAACCCUUAUUGUGUUCAGGACAUACCAGACCUGUGGUUCACUUGCAAUUCUCAAAUCUUCUGGAAGACGGCACGUAUCUCCUCAUAUCCGCCUGUAAAGAUGGUAAUCCAAUGCUCCGGAGCUGGCUCGGUGAUUGGAUAGGCACAUUUCUGGGUCACAAGGGAGCUGUUUGGUCUUCCAAGAUCUCCUUGGACACCUCUCGCGCAGUCACCGGCAGUGCCGAUUUCAGCGCGAAAAUCUGGGACUGCAACAGUGGGGAGGCUCUGCAUACCUUCACGCACAACCACAUCGUGCGGUCUGUGGCAUUAAGUCCACAACCUCAGCCACAAUAUCUCCUCACGGGCGGAAACGAGAAGAAAAUCAGGCUGUUCGACCUCGGUAGACCGGAUGCGGAACCGUUGAUUCUCGGUUCCAAUCCCGAUGGACUGUCGUGUGAUGGGACCAUCCGCUCUUUGGUCUGGGAUGAGGCGCAAGGGGGCUCAGUGGGCGUCAGUGCCGCAGAAGAUGGCAUUGUUAGAUGGUGGGACCUCCGCACGCUGUCUCAAACCGGCAGUCUCAACCUUGAAGACCCCAUCACUUCUAUGGAAUUGGCACACGGAGGUGGAACGCUGAGCGUUACCGCUGGGAACAAGGUCCAUUUCCUGGACAUUAUGCGUCAACAUCCUCCCGUUACCGUUCCUCUACCUCAUCCGCCUACAUCCGCUUCUCUCCAUCCUUUCCUUCGAGACCGAUUCGUCGCUGGAUCAGCCAACGAUCCAUGGGUCAGAGUUUACGAUUUAGAUUCAGGACAGGAGAAGGAAGUCUACAAGGGUCAUCACGGCCCUGUACUGUGCGCUUCGUACAGUCCUGAUGGAGAAGUCUAUGCUUCUGGGUCAGAAGACGGAACCAUUCGAUUAUGGCAGACUAAUCCUGGCAAGUCAUAUGGGCUCUGGCAGACUCAGGAGUAA